CUCCGGAGGCUCCCGCAGCCCCGGCGUCCGCCCCGCUGCCCCCUCCCCCGGGGGCCAUGGGGGCGCCCCCGGGCUACCGGCCCUCGGCUUGGGUGCAUCUCCUCCACCAGCUGCCCCGCGCCGACUUCCAGCUCCGCCCGGUGCCCAGCGGUUUCGCGCCCCAAGAGCAGGAAUACCAGCAGGAUCAGAGCAGCCUCGCGGUUACACAACGGCCACCUCCAACGCCGCCGCUCCACCGGCUCCGGCCUCCUCCGCCCAGACUCACGCCCGCUCUGGCCCCGAGACCUCCCGAAGCCUUACGCAGGAAUCCGCGGCCCCAGUCACCGCCAGAGGCCUUGUUGCUGGUGGCGGCCUUGGCGGGCCUGGGCUUGGGCCUGAGCCUCAUUUUCAUCGCUGUCUACCUCAUCCGAUUCUGCUGCUGCCGGCCGCCCGAGCCUCCCGGGUCCAAGACCCCCUCGCCCGGAGGAGGCUGCGUCACCUGGAGCUGCAUUGUCGCCCUUCUCGCCGGCUGCAUUGGCAUUGGCAUCGGUUUCUAUGGCAACAGUGAGACCAGUGAUGGGGUAUCCCAGCUCAGCUCCGCGCUGCUGCACGCCAACCACACACUCAGCGCCAUUGACCACCUGGUGUUGGAGACGGUGGAGAGGCUGGGUGAGGCAGUGAGGACAGAGCUGACCACCCUGGAGGAGGUGCUCGAGCCGCGCACGGAGCUGGUGGCUGCUGCCCGAGGGGCUCGGCGGCAGGCAGAGGCGGCGGCCCAGCAGCUGCAGGGGCUGGCCUUCUGGCAGGGAGUGCCCCUGAGCCCCCUGCAGGUGGCUGAAGAUGUGUCCUUCGUGGAAGAAUACAGGUGGCUGGCCUAUGUCCUCUUGCUGCUCCUGGAGCUGCUGGUGUGCCUCUUCACCCUCCUGGGCCUGGCGAAGCAGAGCAAGUGGCUGGUGAUCGUGAUGACGGUCAUGAGUCUCCUGGUUCUCGUCCUGAGCUGGGGCUCCAUGGGCCUGGAGGCAGCCACGGCCGUGGGCCUCAGUGACUUCUGCUCCAAUCCAGACCCUUAUGUUCUGAACCUGACCCAGGAGGAGACAGGGCUCAGCUCAGAGGCUGACUCUGUCCCAGCGAGCUCUGGCCAACAUCCACUCCCAGCUGCUGGGCCUGGAGAGAGAAGCUGUGCCGCAGUUCCCUUCAGCGCAGAAGCCUCUGCUGUCCUUGGAGGAGACUCUGAAUGUGACAGAAGGAAACUUCCACCAGUUGGUGGCACUGCUGCACUGCCGUGGCCUGCACAAGGACUAUGGCGCAGCCCUGCGGGGCCUGUGCGAAGACGCCCUGGAAGGCCUGCUCUUCCUGCUGCUCUUCUCCCUGCUGUCCGCAGGAGCACUGGCUACUGCACUCUGCAGCCUGCCCCGAGCCUGGGCCCUCUUCCCACCCAGUGACGACUACGAUGACACAGACGAUGACGACCCUUUCAACCCUCAGCAGGAAUCCAAGCGUUUUGUGCAGUGGCAGUCGUCUAUCUGAGCCCCUCCUCCCCGCCGGACUGGACCCUG